AUGCGGGUCACGGGACCAUCGGUGGCGGGACAGCCCUCGUUGGCGCGGAGCAUCGCGCGAUUGCCGGUUGGCCGGCCGCCACGUCGAUGCACGGUGGCGGCCCGCGAUGGCAUGGACGCUUCCCGCGCCGUAGCCAGCCCACCUGCCGCUGGAGUCGAUCCGGAGAUGAAAAACUGGACGAUGGACAGCUGGCGGCGGCGGGAGGCUCUGCAGCAGCCUGUGUACCCCGAUGCGGAGGAGCAUCGGAGGGCCCUGGAAGAGAUCAGGCGGAUGCCGCCGCUGGUUUUUGCAGGGGAGUGCCGUACGCUCCAGGGAAAGCUGGCAGAGGCUGCUGCUGGCAAGGGUUUUGUCCUGAUGGGUGGGGACUGUGCUGAGGCCUUUGCUCAGCUGAGUGCCAACCGCAUCCGGGACACCUACCGUGUGCUGCUCCAGAUGUCAGUCAUCAUGACCUUUGGAGGUGGUAUGCCAGUUGUGAAGAUGGGCCGCAUGGCGGGGCAGUUUGCAAAACCCAGGUCUUCUCCCACGGAGGUCAAGGAUGGUGUGGAGCUGCCAUCCUACCGGGGAGACAUUAUUAACGGAGCCGAUUUUGAUGCCGAGUCAAGGUUGCCUGAUCCCUGGCGAUUGUUGAAGGCGUACAACCACUGUGCCUCUACCCUCAACCUUCUCAGGGGAUUCAGUUCGGGAGGCUAUGCCUCCCUCGAACGUGUCUCAAAAUGGAACCUGGACUUCAUGGGUGCCACCAAGAAGGGGAAAUCGUACAUCGAUCUUGCGGAGAGAGUGGAGGAGACAAUCUCAUUCAUGGUGGCAUGUGGCCUCGACUCCAACAUGCCUCUGAUGAAGGAAACGGAGUUCUUCACAUGCCAUGAGGCACUACUGUUGGAUUAUGAGGAGGCACUCACAAGGGAGGACAGCACCACAUCGCUCUUCUACGACACCUCUGCUCACUUCCUGUGGUGCGGUGAGCGCACACGGCAGCUGGAUGGUGCGCAUGUUGAGUUUCUGCGUGGUGUGGACAACCCCAUAGGGAUCAAAGUCUCUGACAAGGCUGAUCCAGCCGAUUUGGUCUCCUUGAUCGCGAUCCUGAAUCCCCGGAACAAGCCAGGUCGCCUGAGUGUUGUCACACGGAUGGGCGCGGGCAAGCUAAGGGCACACCUGCCAGACUUCAUAUCUGCUGUGCAGAGUUCAGGCCAGGUGGUGACAUGGAUAUGCGAUCCCAUGCAUGGCAACACAGAGAGCGUGAACGGCUUCAAGACACGGCGGUUUGAGAAUGUACAGAAGGAAGUGGAGGCGUUCUUUGAUGUCCAUGAGGAGAUGGGGAGCAUUCCUGGUGGCAUCCACCUGGAGAUGACUGGUGAGAAUGUCACAGAGUGCGUUGGUGGAGGUGCCCAGAUCGGGGAAGACGACCUCAACUCCAGGUACCACACGCACUGCGACCCGCGGCUGAAUGCAGAGCAGGCUCUGGAGCUGGCGUUCUAUGUGGCUUCCAGAUUGAGGAGCAGGAAGAACAACAGGCUGCAGAGCAACGGCAUCGGACCGGUGCCCUUGCCAGUCCUUUGA